AUGUGCUUCUGAAGCCUCGUGUCGCACAGCCAAGGUUGGCUUCAGACUGUAAAACCUGAUUCUGGACGAUCGGUCAGUCGUGUGUCGGAGUGUUCGUUGAUUCUUGUGUGGAAAUUCGUGCAAGCACUUUCUCGCAUCUUGGAGUCGGGGGCUUCCGAUUCGAGAGGCCUGCGUGAGGAGUCUUUUGGUACUUUUCAUGUCGUAUUGUGUGUCUGAGAGCGGUCGGCACCCAAUUUGGUGAAAGGAAGCUUGUAAACUUGAAGCGCGCCGUCGAGGAGUUCAUCGUGCGGAAGGAAGAGCCCUCUGUUUCUAGUGUUGAGGCCGAAGAGUUUCGGGCAGUGCGAAUUGAUGACGCAAGAGGUUAAAUGUGGGAAGAAAGAAGAGGUGAAUUUUCCGAAGGCCAUGGCUGUGAAAAAAGAACUCGUUUCUCCUGUUUCAGUGCAGGAUUUCUUGAGCGAGAAUAAGAGCGAAACACAAGAGAAGAAUCCACGGACUCCACCGCUGACGUCUUGCUCUGAAGAUCUGGAAUGCUGGAAGGCACCAGUGAAACCGGAAAGGAGCCUCGUGAACAGAAUUGUAAAGGAGGAAAAGAGUUGGAUCCGUGUCGUUGCAGAUUGCGUGGAGAAGUCGAAGAAUUGCUCGAUGGUGGAUGCUUAUGAGCCGUUCAACGACAGUCCAUUGAGGUCCUGUCCGAAGUUCGAUAAGAUGCUGGGAAAUUCAGAGGAAACCUUCACUAGGGGAAAGACUCAGGGCGACAAGAUAUCUGUAGGCCCGCUCCUGGAUGAGGGCGAUCAGGAGUCACGGACUCCUAUGAAGUUCUGCUCGAAAUUUGAGAAGACGGUGGGGAGUGUAGACGACGGAUGCAAGAAGACGAGCAAGACGAAAGUUGACUUCUCUGGUGGGGAGCUUUCGGAUGACUUCGAAGACGAGAACGAUGACACAUGCAUGACAGGUUCUAAGUAUGGAGUAGUCAACACUAGGUGCCCUCUAAGUGGGAAGCUUGUUACUGAAUUGGACGAUCCAGUACAAAGUGUCAAUUGCCAUCACGUUUAUGAUCGAGCAUUUGCGACGGCCUACAUAAGCCAGUUCCCUGGGAUUCGCAAGUGUGCAGUUGCUGGGUGCUCAAAGUUCCUGAUUCAACGUAAUCUGGUGUGCGACACAACACUCGAAGAAAGUAUUCAGGACCUACGCGAAAAAAAUUUUACAUCCAAACUUCAACUCUUGAUGGAAUGCAUUCAUAUCGAUGAUGAUUAGUUUGGUCUGAAGGCUCUAGUUCGCUGUACAGGGUUCUUAAUGAAAGUCAACUUCGUAACCGAGUGUACAAUAGCGUUCUUGAUCUUUCUCGUCAGGUGUACAUAUAUAGACUUUUGCUCCCGAAAGGUAGAGACCACGAUAUCAGAAGAAAAGGAUGCAAUUUUCGGUAUUUUGGCGACCGCCAAAAUAACUUAGCUACUUUCCUAAGUAGCUCAGUAACUUCAGCGUUCUUCAGUGUAAUUUCAACGAUAGUGUUUUACUUUAAAAGUCUCUUCUCUGGUAGGAAUCCGGCCUCGCUACAGAUGCAGAGUAGUCUUAAGUACAGGGAACUUCGAUAAAGAAAGAACAGGAUGCUCUGCAAUUUAUUGUAGUGAUUAAGGUUUCCAGAUAUUUUGAUGAGCUGUUGCCAAUCCCACUCACAGGAGACGAUAAAUGUACAGAUGUUUAUGAGAUAACUAGCCUAGCUGGGUCAUCCGUUGCUCACGCAGCUACAUGUAAAAAAGGCUUGGCUUUGAGUGGACGUCAUGCGCAGUGGAGGCUCCUUCACGGCAGCAGUUAGGGCCACAAGGUUCAGGAUUCAGUUUUUUCAAGAACAUCCUGCACUGAACCUUGUAUUUGAAAAAUAUCGACUCCUAUUGGUGUAAAUAUUGCUACAAUUACGAGGAGAGUAAAGGUGGAAUUGGGACUACAUAUCGCUUUCACUCAGAACGAUGUAUGUGUGCAUGCGAAUAGCAAAGUGCAAUCAUGUGUGUCAUAAAUACUGAAUCAACCUUUGACGUUUCAUUGCAUGUGUUGUAGCAAGCGAUGCAAUGAGACGUCAAAGUUGACGUCUUAUAGCAUGUGUUGUUACUUGUCUGGCAGGCAUCCGAGUCUCGUCUUGAGCGCCUCCCUUGAUCAAGUUCUUUUCUGUGAAUCGAAGUCAUGCAAUGCUGCUGAGGUUGUAAAAAUAGAAGUGUAAGUAACAUGAGGUAUUCAGGUUCUUACAACUAGACAUUCAAGACUUACAUCUAGGGGUCAAGACGUCCUCUUCCCACUACAUAAUGUACAUCUUGUGAUCUGUCAACAUGUAAUCGGAAAAUCAUGUAAGAACUACUCAUUUGUGGUCAUUCUGAACUCUGUUUUGCCCUUUUGAACAUUUUUGAACGUUUGCGACUUUCGACGACCUUUUGUCGCCUUUGUGGCUCUGUCAAAGGCUGAAGAAGAGAACUCAUACUGAAGGGACGUAUUGAUCAAUGUGCUCUUGAUUUAGAGCGGAAAAAGCUUCUAAAGCUUCGUCGAUAAACUUACUCAGCAACAGGGCAUUUAGUACUCUUCCUUGGUCUUACUGACUUCAAUAGACACGAGGGCGUUGCUAAAAUCGCUCUUUCAAGCCUUGGGGCUGUCAAACUCUUCUCUUUUCCUACAACGCGAAGGCCGAUCAAGCUUCUUGAAGAAUCCUCCUCUUGGGGAACGUGGGGUUCUGGGCGGGCUGCUUCUCAAGCGGCUGUUGCAAGUAGGCGAUGUUGCUCUCAAAUGUGGGCUUGUGGCUUGCUCGUUUGGCUUUCGACAUUCUGAUGGUGUUUCAAAUUG